AUGACGCAGGAAGCGCAAACGACGCGAAAGCACCGGCCGCGGUGCUCAAAUGGGGUUCCCUCCAAGGCUACAGCCGCUGUUGCAGCCCACGAACAAGCUGAGGUGAUAGGCGCUAUUUUAUCUUGCCCCUUUUGUGGUUUCUUUUCGGCAGAGUACAGUCUGUUGCUUAAGCACGUGGGCCACGAGCAUCCAGAUGACAACUGCCCACAAUAUUGUGGUAGCGGCUCGAAUAGUAGGCUUGCGAGCUCUGGCAUCGGCCAGGCUAAGGCCGUGCAUCUACGGUCAAGAAAGAAGAUGGGGGAAUCUCCUGCGUCACGGCCUGCAUCUGUUGGUGUUAAUGCAACCUCUGUCGUCAUCAACGGCUUUCCAGACGACAGUGACAGCAUGAGCGACAAUGAUGAGAGAAAUGGUAACGAAGAGCCACAGUUUGCAGACUGUCCCGUGGAUGGGUGUCACGAGUCGGUGAUUGUAUCAGAGAUGGCCUAUCAUGUUGAUCUACAUGCGGUCCUGGAGUACCAAGACACGCCAGUGGAGGACAGCGAUGCCAUCAGCAAGGGCAAAGAGAGCGUGAAGAUAUUGGCUGUGGCACCCAAAGUGGCGAACCCACCCGGGACGCAGGCACGGGUGCUCAAUAUUGACGGCGGCGAACAUGGCACGCAAUCGGUAAGGGCGUCAUCAGUUCCACCGCCGGAGCGGAGACCACAACGCACGGCCUCGCGAAAGUCCACGGUCUCGUCUCGGUCCGUUAAUGCCGUGAGGCGUUCGGAUACUAAAGAAAGCCGGGAGGAGGUCGCUUCCACCCCUCAGCCACGCGACGACAGCCGUGAGCGGCACCGUGAGCGGCGGGAGCGCCAGCGGCACCAUGACCUGCGUAGCCGUGGCCGUGGCCAUGGCCGAAUCCACACAGGCGAACUGGGUCUCUCCACGCUGGGACAGAGCGGUGGCUCGCAUCAAACAUUCCUGUCUCGCAAGCCCUCGAAGACUGUGCGUUCUUUCUUGGCCAUGUUCUCUGGCGAUCCUCGGAAGCGUGCUUCCUCUGAGCAAUCUGACCGAAGACGCGGGGACCGUGACAAGGAAAAGGACAAGGCUGUCAUACCGCUUGUCCAUCGGCACCGGCAUUCUUCGAACACUAAGAACAGCACUGCCAAAGCGAUGGAGGCCGUGUCAGAAGUCCCGAAGCGCCUCGGUAAGGCCGAGCUGGGCAAGUUUGCGAAUGAAGAACGGAUGCCGGACGCGCUCGCAAUCUACCUCAAGACCGAAUGGGGUGUCCGCCACGAAGGCAUGAUUCCUUUCCUCCAGGGUCUUCUUGAGCAGAACCCAACCACUGAGUAUGCCUAUCUCUGCGACCCUUGUGUCGUGCACGUGUCUAGGUUACCCAAAGAAGGCGGCUUCUGUGGGUAUCGUAACAUCCAAACAAUGACCUCGUAUAUGGUUGGAGCCAAGUAUCCUGGCCAUGAGGCGUUCCCCACAGACCUGCCGAGUGUGUUUGACCUUCAAAAUCUGAUUGAGAGUGCGUGGGACAAGGGCAUCAACUCCCGAGGCCGCAUUGAAACGGGCGGCAUCCGCCUAACACGCAAGUACAUCGGUACGCCCGAGGCCGUAGCUUUGUUCCAGAGUCUUAAUAUUCCUUGCAGCAUAAACGCCUUCAAGCAUAAGACACCAGAGAAGUCGAGAGACGCACUGUUGCGCGACGUGGAGCACUACUUCAGCAAGGGCUUCUACUCGCCAGGGCAAAAAGUGCGCAGCACGACGUUGCCGCCGAUUUACUGGCAGCACCCGGGCCAUUCGCUCACGAUUGUCGGCAUCGAGAAGACCAACACAGGCGAGAUGAAUCUGCUCGUAUUCGACCCUAUUUUCCGCAACGGCUCGGCUAUGGCCCGUUUUGUAUCUCGCCAACAUCGGCUGGAUGACCAGCUUCUACGACCAUAUCGCCGUGGUACGCGGUACCUGGCACGGUACCGUGCAUUUGAGAUUCUCAAGUUCGUUGUCUGUCUGUUUACGUCACCGGACCUGAUGUGCAUAAGGCUAACAGGACGUAGGUUGCAACCAAUGGCAAAAGACUAUGACUACGGUGCUUCUGCAUCGAAUAGUCCAGCGGUGCCUAUCCCUUCAGCGUCAUAG